AUGAGAUCGGUGACUGGGAAUGUUUCCACACUGGACCACAUGAGUUCGAAGUUCCCUGCCCUUGACGGCCUUCAUUCAGGAAAAGAGGCGCAAGCCUCACACUCAGGGGCAGCAAAGGACGGGUUUUUGUCUAGGGAUGUAGUUAACCACCAGGAGAGACUCGAAAGGCGCCUGCAAGCCCAACUAAGAGAUGGAAGCCGCAGCAAAAACGUUAAGCGACUCGAAGAUCCCAUAGCCAAACAUCUUCUACGCUUAGCAGGGAACCCAGCCUACAGAAAUUUGCGGCAGAGUGUCAUCGUCACAGGCAGAACACUUGUCUGCGAACUCCUGAACAACUUCCCGUGCAGGCGUCUUGCCGGUCGCCGUCGAACUUUAGCAGCGAUACACGCUUCUUUACCUUCGCUCAACCAAUUCGUACAUUCACCAACUAUAACGCACAGCGGUGCUUCAUCAGAUGAAAAGAAUAAAGAACUGCCUUCCAGCAGCACCCAGGGCCAAGGCUUUGCAAGGCCGCACCCGAGGCUGAACUCAAACGUUGAAACGCACCUUGUCAGCAACAGGAUUUUGAGAAAGGUUGCCGGUCUCCACUCCUACGAUGACGGCUGCGUUGCUGAGAUGCGAAUGCCAGAGCAAGCCAGCGAUUUGGGGGAUAUGCGGUUGCUGCUUUGCUUGGGCAACAUCCCCUUAUCAAUUGGGCAGACGAGAAGUGAUUAUAUGAAGACGGCAUCCAUGCCUCAUUCAGAUUUCCUAGAUUCAGGAACGGUUGGAACCUUGCUCAGGACAGCAGCCGCACUGCAGUGGCAAGGCGCUUGGAUCCUGCCUUCGUGCCCAGAUAUUUUCAACCCACUAUCAAUUAGGGCGUCACAGGUAUGGCAUUAG